UGACUCCUUGAGCUAGAAAAGAAGUUGGCAAAUCCGCCGCACGGUGUAUAUCUUUCUUUCAAGGGGUUUUUAGUCAAUCUUACCAUAAUUCCAGAGCUUUUUCUUUUCGCAGAAUCGGAAUUUCCCUUCCCCAAAUUUCUCAGCGAUUCAUAGACAGUCUCCGCUGCCUGCAACUGAAGAGAGACUGCACCGGCAAGCAAACACAUAAACAGAAGAUGGGGAGCAGGUUAGGAAAAAGGGUUAUUAAUUUUACUAAUCUCCCCAUUAAGCUUCUUAUGCCUUCCUCUUUUGAUCACAUCAAAGAGAUUGCACUCAAGACCAUUCCUUCAGCUUCAAAGAUUGAAAUCAGAAGGGUUCUUGAGUCUCUUUACGGCUUUGAAGUCGAAGAAGUUCGAACUUUGAACAUGGAAGGAAAGAAGAAGAAGAGAGGAGGAAUUUUGAUUGCAAAACCUGAUUACAAGAAGGCAUAUGUGACUCUGAAACACCCAUUGUCUUUAUCUCAAGACUUGUUCCCAAUCCGUAUGAUCCAAGAAGAUAAGAAAGCUGCAGAUAAGCAACCAAAAUCAAGCAUUGUAGAGGAGGGAGGAGAGGUGAAGUCACAUUGGCUUGAUGGACAGGGAACUAAGAGAUAUAUUAGGCCAGGGAAGCAAGGCUAUGCUAGAGACACCAAUCCCAACUUCAAGGAGAGGCGAUCCAACUAUAGAGGCCAGGGAAGUCGGGGCGAACAAGAAGCCACAAGCAAGUUCCCAUGGAGCAACAUGCGAAGUGCUUCUCCUUCGAAGUAGCUCUUCGUGCAACUCGAUUAGAUAAGUCUUAUUCAGUUACAGUUUAGGUUUCCCAGGAAAGAAGACUUGUGAGAGUUUAUUCUGUACUGUUUGUAAGGAUUUGCAAAUGCAACUUUCAAGUUUGUCAACACUGUUUUUGUCCCUGAUUCCUGUUUUUUAGUCUUAUUCAGAAAACUCAAUGAAUUACAUUUUAUCUUCGGUUGAA